AUGGUCGACCAAUCCCACAUCAGUCCUAAACCAGUCCGAAGCCAACCCAAACCAUACCCAAACCAGCCCCAAACUAACCCCAAGCCAGUCCUAAACCAGCCCCAACCAGUCCCAAACCAGCCCCAAACCAGUCCCAAACCAGCCCCAACCAGUCCCAAACCAGCCCCAAACCAGUCCCAAACCAGCCCCAAACCAGGCCCAAACCAGGCCCAAACAAGUUCCAAACCAGCCCCAACCAGUCCCAAACCAGCCCCAAACCAGCCCAAACAAGUUCCAAACAAGCCCCAAACCAGUCCCAAACCAACCCCAAACAAGUCCCAAACAAGUUCCAAACCAGUCCCAAACCAGUCCCAAACCAGCCCCAAACCAGUCCCAAACAAGUUCCAAACCAGUCCCAAACCAGGCCCAAACAAGUUCCAAACCAGCCCCAAACCAGUCCCAAACAAGUUCCAAACCAGCCCCAACCAGUCCCAAACCAGCCCCAAACCAUCCCAAGCCAGUCCCAAACCAGCCCCAAACCAACCCCAAACCAGUCCCAAACCAGUCCCAAACCAGCCACUAACCAGCCCCAAACCAGCCACAAACCAGGCCCAAACCAGCCCUAAACCUGUCUUAAACCAGUCCCAAGCCAGUCCUAAACCAGCCCCAAACCAGUCCCAAACAAGUUCCAAACCAGCCCCAAACCAGUCCCAAACCAGCCCCAAACCAGUCCCAAACCAGUCCCAAGCCAGUCCUAAACCAGUCCCAGACCUGUCUCAAACCAGUCCCAAGCCAGUCCCAAACCAGCCCCAAACCAACCCCAAACCAGUCCCAAACCAGUCCCAAACCAGCCACUAA